AUGGAGUCGGGAAUAAUUCAAGAAAAGUCACCCCCUUCACGUGGGUUAAAGCAAGUAAAGGUGGAUAAUUGGGGAUCAUUUUUUCUCCAGCGAGUGCAGCAGCUUUACUCCGAUGAACAAUUUCUUGAUCUUAAAAUUAGAUUUCCUACAAGUGAUAUUAUUGUACAGGCCCAUCAACUUGUAGUUGCAACAUGUACAGACUAUUUUAUGCAACUUGACCAGCAGCAGAAAGAAAAGGAUGAAAACUUUAAUGGUAUACUUACUAUGCCUUCAGACAUGCCUUACGAGUGUGUUAAAUCUAUUAUAAGCUUUAUGUACACUGGACAAUUGGAAUACUGGACGUCGGAACAGCAUGCUUUGUACCGUACGGCGCAAAAAAUGAAUAUGACAGUGCUAACAAAAUUGCUCGAUGCUCAAUUCAACACUAGCAAUUUACAGGCCGAAACGGCAAAGACACCCCCGCGAUCAACGAUAACCAGCUCGAAACCGUCAACUCCAAUUACAAAACCUGUUAUUAGCUCUAUGUCGACCUUAUCUGGUCAGCCAUUGCCUGGCAGAAAACUUCCAAUUUGGAAGAGAAAACUGGACGAGUCUCCAUCUAUACCUGCAAUGAAUUACGAAGUACGAACAUUCCAUGGCACAUCGUCGAUGCACAAACCUCAAGAGGCAACUCCCGGUCCAUCUAGAUUCGAUUUUCCGGAAGCGGAUGAUAUUGCUCUUGGAGUAUUUUCAUCGUUCGACGAUAUUACGUAUAAUACAAAGCCUAUUGUCCAAGCAUCGGAUGCGUAUAAAAAAGGAAACGCCUCUCGUAAACGUUCCCCAGAUAGGGAUAGUAAAAAUGACACAACUGAAGAUGAGGAGGAAGAAAAUCAGGGGAAUGAGAAAAGUUCGAGAGACGCGAAUUCGGAUGAUGAUUGGAGUAUAUCGAAGAGUUUCCAAAAAUCUUCGGAAGGACAGUCCAAACGAGUGCGUUUCGAUCUGGAAGAGAAGGAAAAUGUGGAGAAGCCUACAUCAAAUCUUCGAUCGAGCACCGACGAUUCCAUCAACAAUCACGCAAAGAUCAUUAGAGAAGUAUUAAAGAAGUAUCCGCAUUUAGUGAAGAACAAUAAAAAUAUUCGAUUGAAGAUCAUGCAGAAGGAAACGAAAUCCUCCGAUAGCAAUACCGCGUGCAAAACAAAAGUAUCUUAUGUGGUUCUGAAAUCCGAUCACCUAUUGUCCAAUAAUGGCGAUGAGAACGAUUCCAAGUGCAACGGCAAUAUCGAUGGCGAGACAGGUCCCUGGAAAUGCAACAAAUGUGACUUGGAUGAGGAGUAUACGAAUUACUACAUGUAUAGAAGACACAUGCAGGAUGUACAUGAGGAGAAGUUUGAUCCGAGAGUUUGCGAACAUUGCGGCUACAAAGCGACUAAGCGCAACAUCCUGAUGUAUCAUCUUUAUACCAAGCACAACGUGCCACCGCCUAAGAGCAUGUGCUUCCCAAAGUGCCAGGCCUGCUCGUAUGUCGCUCUCUCGGAGACUUUGCUGGUGCGUCAUCAAAUAAAUCAUAAUCAUCGACCCGCUACCAGACAUCAUUCUCUACCUUCUGAGGAUAUUCAAUGCGGCCAGUGCAAUCAAUCGUUUAAGAGCAUCACCGAACUUACCACGCACGAAUUGAAUAGCGGACAUGGAGGUAUGGCAGAUGGCAAGGAGACGAAGGGCCAUCGUUGUCCAUACUGCGGCAAGGUCUUUGUGCGCCUAACGAAUUUGCAAGUACAUUUAGACUGCGCGCACAAGGAGUUACAUAGGGAUACGAGUGAAUCCGCGCCGUCCACACCGACCAUCUCGCUGGAACCAUCAUCCGAAGCAGAGGCUCUCAGCCACGUUGCCAGCGGCAUAGCCGCUUCUCUCGGUGUUGGAGAUGAUACAGAUGCCACUGUAGACACACAAGAGGCUGCAACUAUAACGAUGGUAAAAACCACGAAUGACGAUCAAUACAUCGUGCCAGACAUGUUAGAUGACAUAACGCAUAAUAUCACUUAUAACGAGCAUGAGUUAGAGGGUCAGGAUAUGAUUAUGCUGGUGAAUAACGAUGAAAAUUAUCAGCACGUCGAGAACGAUCAUCAUCAGCAACCGCAGCAGUUGGAUAUCGCUGAUAAUGAGCAGAUAGUGAUGCAGGGUACAGACGAUGGAAUGAUCGUAUACAUUCACGGCGUCGAGGAGACUGAUCAUCGAUCUUAUGAGAGUUAUCAGCCUGCUGAAGUUACGCAGGAUACCGAGGAAAUAGUCGAGGAAGUAGUUGAAGAGGUCGAAGAAGUUAUGGAGGAGGAGAUGCAGGAGGUGACUCAACACAUGUUGGAGGAUUGUGCCGAUAAUCAGGUCGAGGAAGUGAUACAAUACGUCGAGGAACAAACGGAGAUAGUGGAGUAUGAUGAGGAACAAUGCAGCGAACAGAGUAAUAACAGUAUGGAUGAUAAUCAAGAAUCCGUCAUGAUUAUUGAGGAAGAGCACGUCGAGGGAGAAGAAGAUAUGGAACAAAUAACUGAUAAACAGCACAAGAAAAUGCAAAGUUUCGCCACAGAAUGGGACGAGGAUAGCGCGGAAACGAUGGAGUCAUGAAUAUUGUAACGUUGAAUAUUAUCUUAUUUGCUUAUGUAAUAUGUUAUUAAUUUUCAUCAUGGCUAUAUUCUCUAAUUAAAUGUUUCAAUGAAGUCUUGUUUUAUACUUUACUCUGUGUAAUGCUUGUUGAUAGUGGUCGGUGAUGUAACAAAUGUAGUGUAGCCAUGCUGACUUCGCGAUUUAGCAGUAAACCAACAAAAUUAAUCACGUUUUAUAUUUACUAGCAACAGGGAAUACAAUAUGAAUAUUGAAGAAAUUGUACUGCGCUUGUAUAUGUGAAUUCUAUUGUUGCACCGACACAUUGUAAUUUUUGGAUUAUCUUAUUAAUGCAAGCUUCUAACAUGUGAAGCAAAAUAUAAUAUAUUUUGCAAUGCAAAAUACAAAAGUACGAAACGUACAUCUCGACAUGUAUAGCCCUUACAUUUGUAAAAGCUCUGUAUAAGGAUUUAUAGUCUCUAAAUGGAAAAAAAAAUUUUUUUUAUUAUUAUAAAAACGUUUAUAUCUGCUUAAAUAUAAAUCUUAUAAAAAUAUAUGUUACACUUAUUAAUUAAGAAUAUAGAUUAAUUUUAUGAAAAUCCACAGUAUAUGCCAAAGCAUAUCGCUGACCAAUCUCGUAGGUUAAUACUGUUCUGGAAAAUGAAAAUAUAUCACGUAAAAAAUAAUUUUUAAAAUAAAUGUUUCUUCCAA